CACCUAUCGACAAACGCCUCCAGUUGAUCGCAAGAACCGUGCUGGGUACCACCUUUCAAGAGUGGUGAAAGUGCGACGAAGAACCACUGAUACACACAUGCGCAAUCUGAAAAAGGACGCACUAUAAAUAUAUACCGGAGUACCUAUUCACUUCUUGGCUAGUGACCGAUCCAUCAGCAUGGAUGCCAAAAUACUUUGGCUGUGUUUUUUAUUGUUGGGCGUAGCGUUUGCUCAAGAUGACCAAGAAUCAGAAGACGCCACACCAGAAGAAUUGUGCUCAAACAGGCCAGCAGACGAGUAUUUUAGGUUAAGCACAGAUGGAGAUUGCAGGGAUGUAGUAAGGUGCGAUUUUAAUAGUGAUAAUAACGGAGUCACUAGGCUAGCAUCAGUUCGUUGUCCAGCAGGUUUGGCUUUCGACAUUGAUCGACAGACCUGUGAUUGGAAAACUAACGUUAAAAAUUGCGAUAGUCUCGAGAAACCCAGAAAAAUCAAACCAAUCCUCAAAACCGACGAGCCAGUCUGUCCCGAUGGCAAAUUGUCUUGCGGUAAUGGAGAAUGCGUCGACAAAGAACUUUUCUGCAAUGGAAAACCCGACUGUAAAGACGAAUCUGACGAAAAUGCUUGCUCCGUCGACGAAGAUCCAAACAGAGCUCCAGACUGCGACACCACCCAAUGCGUCCUGCCCGACUGUUUCUGUUCAGCUGACGGAACCCGAAUUCCUGGUGCUUUGGAACCCGCCAACGUACCACAAAUGAUCACCAUCACCUUCAACGGUGCCGUCAAUGUUGACAACAUCGAUUUGUACGACGAAGUCUUCAACGGCCAAAGAGCCAAUCCCAACGGUUGCCAAAUCAGAGGUACCUAUUUCGUGUCGCACAAGUACACCAAUUACAGUGCCGUGCAAGAAUUGCACAGAAAAGGCCACGAAAUCGCUGUGUUUUCGCUGACGCACAAAGAAGAUCCUAAUUAUUGGAGCGGAGGCUCUUACGAUGAUUGGUUAGCUGAAAUGGCUGGAGCUAGAUUGAUUGUUGAACGUUUCGCUAAUCUGACCGAUGGUUCUAUUAUCGGAGUCCGUGCCCCUUAUUUGAGAGUGGGUGGAAACAAACAAUUCGAAAUGAUGGCUGACCAGUUCUUCGUUUACGACGCUUCAAUCACAGCUUCUUUGGGCCGCGUACCAAUCUGGCCGUACACUCUAUACUUCAGAAUGCCUCACAAAUGUAACGGAAACGCUCACAAUUGUCCAUCCAGAUCGCAUCCAGUUUGGGAAAUUGUCAUGAACGAACUUGACAGACGUGACGAUCCAAGUUUCGAUGAAUCUUUGCCUGGUUGUCAUAUGGUCGACUCGUGCUCCAACAUUCAAAGUGGUGAACAAUUUGCUCGUCUCUUGAGACACAACUUCAACCGUCACUUCAACAGCAACAGGGCUCCAUUAGGUCUUCACUUCCACGCUUCAUGGCUCAAGAGCAAAAAAGAAUUCAAGGAAGAACUCAUCAAGUUCAUCGAAGAAAUGUUGGCCCGUAAUGACGUUUACUUCGUUACUAAUUUGCAAGUUAUCCAAUGGAUGCAAAACCCCACUGAACUCAACGGUCUCCGUGAUUUCCAAGAAUGGAAAGAAAAAUGUGAUAUCAAGGGGCAACCUUAUUGUUCCCUUCCUAAUUCUUGCGCAUUGAACACAAGAGAAUUGCCAGGUGAAACUUUACGUUUGUUCACUUGCAUGGAAUGUCCCAACAACUAUCCCUGGAUAUUGGAUCCCACAGGAGAUGGUUUCUCCGUAAGAAAGUAAAUUAAUAUUUAUUGAAUCACCCCAAUUUAGGAAUUAAAUUUGAAGACUUUGUGUAUAUAGUUAAUUUGUAAUUUCCUACUUUUUGCAUCCACGAUUUUUUUUUAUUAUAGUUAGAAGUAGACUUGCCACAAGAAGUGUAUUUUGUUUCCGACAUUUUUUCGUAUCCGCAAGACAAUGUUACAGGUUUUAGAAAAAUAAAAUAAAACAUGUUUGUUG